GCGGCGGGCCCAGGCCGCCCCGAUGCCCGAGCCCGGCCCCAGGAUGAACGGCUUCUCGCUGGGCGAGCUGUGCUGGCUCUUCUGCUGCCCGCCCUGCCCGAGCCGCAUCGCCGCCAAGCUGGCCUUCCUGCCGCCCGAGCCCACCUACACGGUGCUGGCGCCGGAGCAGCGCGGCCCGGGCCCCGGCGCGCCCGCCCCGGCCCCGGCGCCCGCGGCCACCACGGCGCAGGCGGCGGCGCAGGCGGCCGAGGAGGGCGCGGGCCCGGGCGCGUGCAGCCUGCACCUGAGCGAGCGCGCCGACUGGCAGUACUCGCAGCGCGAGCUGGACGCCGUCGAGGUCUUCUUCUCGCGCACGGCCCGCGACAACCGGCUGGGCUGCAUGUUCGUGCGCUGCGCGCCCUCCAGCCGCUACACGCUGCUCUUCUCGCACGGCAACGCCGUGGACCUCGGCCAGAUGUGCAGCUUCUACAUCGGCCUGGGCUCGCGCAUCAACUGCAACAUCUUCUCCUACGACUACUCGGGCUACGGCGUCAGCUCGGGCCGGCCCUCCGAGAAGAACCUCUACGCCGACAUCGACGCCGCCUGGCAGGCGCUCCGCACCCGGUACGGCGUGAGUCCUGAGAACAUCAUCCUGUACGGGCAGAGCAUCGGGACUGUCCCCACGGUCGACCUGGCCUCCAGGUACGAGUGCGCCGCGGUCAUCCUCCACUCGCCGCUGAUGUCCGGCCUGCGCGUGGCUUUCCCAGACACCAGGAAGACGUACUGCUUCGACGCGUUCCCCAGCAUUGACAAGAUCUCUAAAGUCACCUCUCCUGUGCUGGUCAUCCACGGGACUGAGGAUGAGGUCAUCGACUUCUCCCACGGCCUGGCCAUGUACGAGCGCUGUCCCCGAGCCGUGGAGCCCCUCUGGGUGGAAGGGGCCGGGCACAAUGACAUAGAGCUUUACGCACAAUACCUAGAAAGACUAAAACAGUUCAUAUCUCACGAACUUCCUAAUUCCUGAAGACGACCUCACUUUACCUCAUUUACUGUGAACACAAGGGUCCUCGGGUUUGCACACACUUUUCACGGCGAGACGGCCGCCGGGGCGUGCCCGCCUGCGGGCUGUUGUCGUCAUAGCCAGAGGGUUUUCUACUAACUCACACCACCUUUCACACUGAACUGCCGCGUUUUCCCGCCUCGGGACCUGGCGGGGCCUCGGCGCGGGGGCUGGAGGGGGGCGGGUUCUCGCGCUGGGCAAAGGAUGCUCGCAUCUGUGUCUCGGGCUUACCCGUCACUUAGGGUUCGUUCGUGCAGGCCUCCCCCCCCCCGCCCCCACCCACGUGCUCUGCGUUCGUGGGGUCCGCCCUGGUGAAGCUGUCAGAGAGCAACGGGAAGGCGGGCGCCAACAUGUUCCCUUAACUUUUGUGAACAGGCCGACCGCUCCCCGACGCAGAUUGUUUGAAGGGUCAUUUACUGGAACUGUCCGGAACAGCUUCACCUACUGGAACCACAGAAAUAUAACUGGAAUACUCUAAAACUAAAAGAAACUGGAUUUUUUUUUUAAAGUGUAAAUUUAUUACUAGUGAACAGAAUUUUCCUAUUUUGACUGUCUGGCCGGUCUCAUACGAGAGCCUCGCCGGCUUUCCUCCUGGCAAGCCCACCUGAUAGUCUUUUUAAAAAGUCCUGUACAUAUUUGCAACACAUUGUGCAUAGAUUCUUAAUGGGUAGUUGUCCUUUGUCAGGAUCCAACAAUGAACUACAAAUUCCUUGUUUGUAAUGUAAAUGAUUGGAUACAUUUUGUUAAUAUGUUUUUAUUCCUAUGUUUUGCUAUUAAAAAAAUUUUAUAACAUUUCCAAGACAAAAAAACAAUGACCAGUUUAUGCUUUGAAGAAUUUAUGUAAUUAAAGUUUCACUAAACUAAUCUUUUUAGUUUAGCAGGUAUUUAGGUUUUGACACUGGAGUCGCAUCUUAUAAGCAUCAGAAAUAUAAGAUGCUUACAAUUGCUACACUGCUCGUAUUGGUUGAGGGUUUGGGUGUGGAGGGGGUAUUUUUUGGUUUUACUUUAAUUUUUUUUUUUCAAAUUUAAAAGCCUUAAAUGUGCUGUCAGCCUCAGAUUGUUGUGCAGCUGGAUUGCGGUCGAUUGCCAGCUUGUGUACUGUUGCUUGGACGCGGCUCGGUGGUUGGUCACGGAAUAAAGG